AUGGACUUCAUCACGGACCUCCCGCCGGUCCGAUGUGAGAAGAAGAUUUACUCCAGUAUCCUGGUGGUGGUCGACCGCCUGACCCGCUACGCACGAUACAUUCCGGUGUCGUCGCGCAUAUCCAGUGAUGGCUUGGCGGAUGUGUUCCUGAGGGAAAUCUUCAAGCAUUAUGGAAUGCCUGAUGGCAUUGUCAGCGAUCGAGGGAGCCUAUUUACGGGGCACUUCUGGGCCACGUUUUGCCAUUUGCUUCAUUGCAAGCGACGCCUCAGCACGUCUUUUCAUCCUCAGACUGACGGUCAGACCGAGCGGGUCAACCAGACCAUCGAACAGUACUUACGCACUUUCUGCAACAAAGAGCAGUCCGACUGGAUGGACAAGUUGCCAUUAGCGGAGUUCACCUAUAACACCUCAUACCAUGACACGGUGAAAGGAGCUCCAGCCGAGGUUUUAAUGGGCUAUCAGCCGCGGUCUAAGGGACAUGUCAAGGGACAACUCGAAACCUUCAGCACUCGCGCGAGAGACCGUGUCCGAGGCCUCGGAGAGCUUCAUGAGCGUACGGCGCUCCUCAUCACGAGGGCCCAAGAGCGCCAGGCGCGAUACUACAAUAAGGGACGGGAACCAAUGUCCUUUCAAGAGGGCGAUUGGGUUCUAAUCUCCACAAAAACCCUUCCGCUGCGGCGUCCGACUAAGAAGUUAACAGAGAAAUAUGUCGGGCCCUACCAGAUUGAGCAAAUCGUCGGAGGGCACAGGCUAGCCUAUCGUCUUCGCCUACCAUCGACCGUCAAGAUCCAUAAUGUCCUGCCUAUCAGCAGUUUGGAACCAUACCGCAGCCGGGGUCAGCAGCCAGUUGAGACUGAGGAUCACCCGUUCAUGAUAGAAUCUACGUACGACGUGGAACAAAUCCUCGAUCAUUGCGGACCGAGAAGUCGCCGAAGAUAUCUGGUGAAGUGGAAAGGCCACGAAGACGAAGAGAACUCCUGGGUGUCCCGAAGUGACUUCGUCGACAAGGAGUUCCUGGUGGACUACGAUCGAUCUGUCGGCAGGGGAGCUUAA